AUGCUCAAGAAAAUAAAGGAGGAGUGGUCGAAGUGGACUCAACUGAGUCGGUUCAAGGCCUACUUUGAGAAGACGUGGCUGAACCGCGACGUCACAUUGCGUCGGAAGCUGAAGGUUGGGGCGCUGGUGGAGCAGCUGAUGGUGCUGUGUACAAGUGAAAGUGUGCGCGCGCGCCAAUUCGCUGCGUCAACAACCUUUUCGGAGCGUCUGUCUCGCCGCGCUCGAGCAAUGACCCGCCAGGGGCUACUCUACGAGCAGCAGUACGAGCGCACCAGCAUUGCCUUCCUGCUGAGCGAUGCACCCUCCGAGCAGCAGAGCGACAGCAUGAACGUGGUCUCGAUCCCCUGCACCCGCAUCUUUGAUGUCCUGGACCGCCGCUCGAAAGAAGACCUUCCUGCGUCUGCUCAGCUAAACGUCGAGACUGCGAAGAUGGAGCACCGCCGAAUGCCAACAUGCGGUUGGGAAGUCAAUGUUGCCGCGCGCACGUGCCCUUGUCGUUUGUUCAUGAAGCACGGGGCCUGCAUCCAUCUCCUGUACUGCCUAAAUGCGGUUGGAAGCCUUGAUGUAAAGGGACGUCAGACUCUGUUCUACCGCGGAACCAACAAGCGCAAGCGCGCUGCGGCUGCUGAUGAAGCUGCUAGUCACGCUGCUGGACGGCCUCGACACAACUGGCAAGCGCUAUCAAUCGAGUGA